AUGAAAUUAAACACAAGCACAUCUAGUGCUCCAUUCAUUCCACAAAGACCGCUUAGUUAAAAUUCAUCAUUCGUUCAAGGAAGGAUGUAGACUCCUCCAAGAGUUGCUCGAUUUGCAGAUACAUCACCUCAUGCAUCUUUCGAAUUUGAAGAUUUGAAUUCGUUAUCACUCGAAGAAAUCAACAGAGAAUUAGAUUAGAAUAUUAAUGAGGUGAUCAUGUUGCUUAAUAGGAGAAAAAGUUUGAUUCUAAAUAAAAAGCGAAGACUCAAAGAGGAAUUUUCAAAUAAAAUUGCUGAGUUGAAGCGCUAUCAAUAUGAAGAUUAUGUUCAAGAUUUACAAAGAGUUGAAGAUCCAUUGAUAUAAUCACUCAUGCAAUAGAAAAGCUUACCGAAAAUGCAAAAGUUGUUAGGGAAUGUAAUGAGAGAUCAAUAAGAUCGCAAAGUUAUGGAAUUGAGUAAAUCUUAGGAAUUCUGGUAGUACAAUAAAAAUGUUGAAACAGAAAUUGACAAUCUUCUCAAAAAGCUGAAAUAUUUUGAUAAUGAACUCGAAAAAGAUAACAAUGAGAUCUAUGAAAUUUGCAGACAGUUAGACACUAUAGAUGAUAAUAUCAGAGACUUGCUUAUCACAAAGGUAGAUGACAAUGUUUAAAGAGCAGAACCUUUAUUCGCAAAUAAACAGAGGUAGUAAUCAAUCCUGAAUGGGAAGCUGAAUUAGAGAAAUAAAUUGAAGGAUGAAAAGAUGAAUUUAAUAUACAAAAUCAUAGAAGAGUUAUAGAGAUUAAGAGGGUUGAGAUAGGAAAGGAUAAAUAAACUAAAUAUUGUAUUUGGAGAUGAAGAAAAUAUCUAAAAUUAGAAUUACUAAGGAUUACAAAAUGUUUAAGGUUCAUAAUAGAAUUUAGAUCAACCGUAGCCAUCAAAGUUAUAGGCUUAUAUGGAUUUUAUGGAAUAAUUUGAUAACAUAGCUUAAAUGAGAGAUCAAAUAUCUAAAUUGGAAUAGGCUGAAUAAGCUUUACUAAAUGACUUGGAUAAGUUGUAUAGAGAAAGUGAUUAAGUUUUCAGUGAAUUAAUUAGAAGGAUAUCAGAGGAAGCAAAGACAUUCAAUGAAUGGACAGAGAAUCUUAAAAGAAGGAUUAGAUAUAUAAAAGCAAAUGAAUAUUUCUUCUCGUAAACAAAUUUACCUGAACAGUAAAAUGGAUUAGUCAAUUCUUUACAGUUGGAUUUGAAGGAGGUUAGCAGGAAAUUUAAAGAAAAUAUGAAUUAUUUGAAACCAUUGAUUGAAGAAGAUGCCACAAUUAGAGCAGGUUUAGAAAAAACAGGAAGUACUAUUUAAUAAUUUAAAAACAUGAUAUUGGCUAUUUAAAAUGAAAAGGAGAGGAGAAGAGAGUUACUUUAAAUUUUGGAGAAUUGUGCCAGAUUGAGAUAAGAGGAGGAUAUGAAAACUGAAUAAUUGAGGAAUAUUGAAUUAGAAAUAAAUAAAAAAUUACAGUAGAAACGUAAUUUGGAAGAAGAUUUAGAUGGGGUAUUAGGUGAUGCUGAUUUAAAUACUUUCAAAAAAAUAGAGUCCUUAUUACAUGAUUAUGAUUAAGAGUUGGUCCAUUUGAACAACUAAAAAAGAAAAAUAAUGAAGGAGAUUGAAGAGAUCAAUCAGUCUGUCAUCAAUCUGUUGGCACGAAUAAAAAGUGAUUAUGAUGAUAUUCUGAGGGAAAUACUUCCAAAAGAUUGGACUAAUACAUAUGAUUUGAAGAAAAUCACGGAUUUAAAAAGAAUGAAGAAUUACUUAAAAAAGACAUUUAAACGCUUUGGUAUAAUGUCAGAUUGA